AUGGCCUCUUCUUCGUCCAAGGCGGCUAUCAACGACGUCUUCAUUGGCUAUGUCCGGGACAGCACGUGCAGCUCCAUCGUCAGCCACCUCUCAGCCGCUUUUCGCCGCAAAAACAUUUCCGUCGUAGAGGAAGACGACGAUCCACCAUCGGAAAGCAGUGACUACGUAUCGCAAAGUACUAAGUUGAAGAUAAAGAGAUCCAAGAUCUGUGUGGUGGUUGUCACAGAGGAACUUGUCUACUCCAACCUCGGCAUGAGUACGCUCAGUGAGGUUAUAGAUGGCCAGCAUGGCGAAAAUUGCCUCCCCGUGGUUCCGGUGUUUUACGGAAUUAACCGUGCGGUGGUGAAGAGACUUAGUAAUGUGAUAAGUCAUCACACUUACGAACAUAAAUGGAGAAACGCACGAAACAUCAUGGUUCGACCUAAUGGUUCAAUGGUUACCACGGAACGUGAAUGA